AUGAAAACGGUUGACGACGGUCCCAAGGCAACGAAAACUACGCUCGAAUUCGACGAUUUAGUUCGGUUGAAUGUAUCCUAUGUUGCCGUGUUUCACCCGAAAGUAUCCGACCCUUUAAAUAAAGGGAAACCACCAAAAGAGAUAAGGAAAGGUAAGGGAGACGAGGGACAAAAUGUAGAUUAG